CUCUCUGGUGUCUAUGAUGGUGUUCGUAAACAUGGCGUCCCACAAGUCGCUUACGGACGACGACCUUAGAAAGAAAUUGAAGGAAUAUGGCAUCACAUCCUGUGUCACAGCAAGUACAAGAAAUAUUUUAAUCAAGAAGUUAAACCACGUCAUAGCGAACCAGAAAAAGACGUCUACAGCGAAAAGUAGAGCGAGAAAAGCCUCCAAUACGAGCCAGCUUAAUACAUUCAGUUCUGACGAAGAUGAUGAUAACGAUUCUUCUGUCUGUUCACAAGCAAGUAGAUCAAGUAGGUUAUUUAGAAAUAGAAGGGGGUUAAGGGGGAACACAGAUACAACUUUGAAUGCCAGAAAUGAGAGCAGUAGUGGUCCCCAGGUGAGCAGAACGAGUGGGCGGCAGAUCAGUGAGGUGACACAGGUUGGCCGAGACCCUAAUGUAGGGAGAGUGUCAGUGUUGUCUCGUAGUGAUGCUUGUGGUGACCCCUCCCCCACACGCAGGACCUACUACCCAGUGUCUGCACGCUCCGGCAUCAGUCCUAGAGCCAAAAUUCAUGACGAAUAUGACACUGGCUCAGACUCUGAUCUGGCAGACGGCGAUGAUGCCAAUGACACGUCCAUGAGAAAGAACCAGACGUCAUAUGUGUGGAACAAUAACCAGGAGAGUGAUGUACUGCCUAACAAUAAUUCCUACAAAGCCAACUCGUACCAGAAUCACACUUCGGGUAUUUCUUCAUCUCAUCAGACUCGGCUGUUUAAUACGUCGGACGUUAUUGCCAGGAAUAGAAAAACUUAUUUAGAAAAUGGAGAAUUUGAUGAUAGAGAUUGUUUGGAGGACGACUCGAGCUUUAUGGGUGUUGAGGAAUCAAUCGUGAGUCGGGCGUCUCCUGGCAACCACGAACAGGUCCGAAUCGCUAACGGUAGACACCACAGUGAGUCGAGCGCACGCCUCGAUCACUCGCACAGUGACGAGAGUACGUGGCACUACUCUGUGCCGCUCUUGUUAUUAAUUCUUCUUGCGGUUUUCUUCGGUGUGGUCGGCAUGAUCUACGUCAACAUGCGUAUGCCCCUCCUACCUACGCUACGUUCUGUGCCUGCCAUGGUCCACCAAGCCGUGGUUAAUGUACCUGUGCCUUUUCCCACUUCCACUGAACCCAAGAAACAACCCAGGCGCAUGGUUCUGCCAUCACAUUCAUCAUCAUCAUCAUCCAAAGUUCCACAUCGCACCACAAAAGCUCCACUGCCUCCUGAGCCUGCACCAUCACACACACCAGAGAAUAAGUUUCCAAUAUGCAGUGAGCUCAUAAAGAGUAAUUGCCUGUCAGUACAAGAGAUGGCCUCCGUUCAACCACUCAUGGGUAAACUGGAGGAUGUCCUGCUUCCUGCGUUGCACCGUCAAACUGGGCUAUAUCAGUGUGGUGACUCUCCAUUGAGAUAUAUACCUGUGGCUGAAGUUGAAACACUGCUGCAUCAGCAAGAUUCAUCACAGCUUGCAUUGAAUGUUAGUUAUAAAGACGAGAAGAAAGUGAAGAGGACAAGGAACGUAAUGGCUCUAGAAAAGAAAGUUGAAGGCCUCGAUAGACUAGCGCGUGGCGAAAGCAUUGCGCCAGUGACAUGCGCCAUAGGGGUAAACAAAUCCUCAAGUCAUACGGUUAAGAAAAGUGAGGCUACGAUAAGGGCUGGUGUGGCUGGUGUCCCCCUCUUCAUUAUAACAACCACCUCUCCCUCCACAUCAUCCUCAUCCACCAUGAAGAAACCUUCAGACAGCAUUGAAGCAAUCAAGGUCUUGGGUCGUCUGGCAGAGUGGAAUAGUCACUGGGGUCUGGAAGCUGUGAGAGGCAGGGAUAAGGAACUGCUGGGCUUGUCUCUCUCUUCACAGCCCACCUACAUUCUGUGUCACAUCACCUCAGCCAUCUACUCUUUCUUCUACCUCUUGGUGGCCCUUAUUACAGUUAUCAUCACUGCCUGGCUCGCAUUCUACUGUGUCCGAUAUCACAAACGCAAGGCUGAAGAGGAAAAACAACAGGUUUAUGAAUUGAUAGAACAAAUUUUGGAAGUGUUGGGAGGCAUUGGUGGGCCAUCUGGGAAAGAUUUCGUCGCCAUAAAUCAUGUUCGAGAUUCCCUCAUCGGCCCAAGAGACCGCCGUGCCAAGAAGAACCUGUGGGAUAAAGCUGUGCAGUUUAUUGAUCAUUGUGAAUCUCGGGUACGACGUGAAAUCCAGGCAGUUGGCGGUGAAGACUGUGAAGUUUGGCGGUGGGCGUCUGGUAUGCCGCACUCCCCGAGCAAUUCCCUGGGAGGUGACGGUGGUGUAGGACGUCCCCCCACCAAGAUGUGGCAGGGACCAGCCUUUGAUACUCUUGGACCACAAUAUGUUCCCAAUGUCCCUCCCACCUCUUGCCUCAAAAUUAGGAAUAUGUUUGACUGUGAUGUAGAGUUUGGGGACAGUUGGCCUUUACGAAUCCAAGACAGUAUUCUUGAAAAAUGUGAAGGGAUCAGCAUCGUGCACAUAGCAGUGGACCGGGGAUCACGGGAGGGCUGUGUUUACCUCAAGUGUGCCUCCCUCGCAGAGGUGGGAAGAGCGUUCAGAGCACUACACGGCUGGUGGUAUGAUGGCAAUUUGGUCACUGUCAAGUUCCUCAGAGAUGAGCGGUACCACCAGCGCUUUCCAACUGCUCGUCACGCCAUGCGUCGGCUAAGACCGUCCAAUAACAAACGCCUCUCUCUGCAAGUUCCCACAGGUCAGCUAGAGGCCUCCAAACAUACUUAGAAUUUGAUUGAUGUUUAGCACACAAGGCUUAAAAUGGGUGAAGGACAUAGCUACUAUUGGCAGACAUAGAUACAGUACUAGGGAGGCUUGGACAUUGGAUUUUGGCUGCUUGAAAAGUAUAUUUACUAAUUUUUUGGAGGAAAUGAAUUGAAGGUGAUGAUUUUAGGGUUGUUAGAUGCCUGUGAAAUGUGAACAUGAUGUGAAUUUAUGCUGUGAAGAAUGAAAGAUUUAGACUUUUGUUAGAUAUUUUUGUUUAACCUAACUAAGUGAGACAGGCAGUGUGCAGUAAUCACAAGUUUUCACAUGUAUAUUUUUUUUUAAUUAUUUUAGUUCUCUUCCAUAUUUUUAUGUGAAAUGGCAUUAUAAUCAGCAACUGUGGAUAGCCAACACGUGGUAAGCUUAUUCCUUAACAGUCAAGGUGCACCAUUUUUUCACUGUUAUAUACUGAUACAAAUUU